GAGAACAGCCGCUCUCUGUUAUGAUCACAUCUGUCACUAAAGACGCCGAAGGAGUGGUCACUACUCACGACGAGUCGCGCCAUGGAUUGGAGAACGGAGACAAAGUGACGUUCAAUGAAGUGGAGGGUAUGACUGAACUCAACAAAUGCGAGCCCAGGACUGUGACAGUGUUGGGCCCCUACACCUUCUCCAUCGGCGACACCACCGGCUUAAAGGACUACGUGAGAGGCGGUUAUGCCAUUCAAGUGAAGGUCCCCAAGACUGUCAACUUUAAAUCACUGAAGGAGUCGUUAGCGUCGCCGGAGUUUGUGUUAUCAGACUUCGCCAAAAUGGAAAGACCGACUCAACUGCACAUCGCUUUCCAGGCGCUGCACCUGUUUGUGGAGCGCCACCGACGACACCCCAACUCGUGGAGCGAAUCGGACGCCACGGAGUUCCGCAAAAUUGUCGGCGAAAUCGCGUCCGAAAACAAACUCGAGAUUCAAAUCGACGAAAACCUGGUGAAGAUGUUCUCGUUCUUGAGUCGCGGAAAUGUGUGUCCAUUGAAUGCCGUGAUUGGAGGGACGGCCGCACAGGAGCUCAUGAAAGCCUGUUCCGGAAAGUUUAAUCCCAUAUAUCAGUGGCUUUAUUUCGAUGCACUCGAAUGCCUGCCUUUGGAUCCCAAUGAAUACCCCAAAGAGGAGGAAUGUCAGCCAACCGGCAGUCGAUAUGACUCUCAAAUCGCCAUUUUUGGGCAACAGUUUCAGGAUAAGCUCGCAAAUCAGAAAUACUUUUUGGUGGGCGCCGGUGCUAUAGGUUGUGAACUACUGAAGAACUUUGCGAUGAUUGGUUUGGCUGCGGGACACAACGGCUGCAUAUGGAUUACAGACAUGGAUAUCAUAGAGCGCUCGAACCUGAACCGCCAGUUCCUGUUCCGUCCGGCGGACGUCGGCAAAGCCAAGUCAGUGACGGCUCAGAGUGCCGUCAAACGGAUGAACCAAUCGGUGAAUAUAGUGGCCCAACAGAACCGCGUCGGCGCCGAAACGGAGCAGCAAUACGACGACGCCUUCUUCGAGCGCUUGGACGGCGUGGCCAACGCUCUCGACAACGUGGACGCCCGGGUCUAUAUGGACAGGCGGUGUGUCUUCUAUAGGAAGCCGUUGCUAGAGUCGGGAACUCUAGGCACUAAAGGCAACGUUCAAGUGGUGCUCCCAUUCCUCACAGAGUCGUACUCCUCAUCGCACGAUCCGCCGGAGAAAUCCAUUCCCAUCUGUACUCUCAAGAACUUCCCCAACGCUAUCGAACACACCCUUCAGUGGGCCAGAGAUGACUUCGAGGGUAUAUUUACCAUAAGCCCCGAAAACGCGAGACAAUACUUGACAGACCCGAAAUUCGUUGAACGGACGCUCAAAAUGCCGGGCAAUGAGUCGAUUGUGACUCUGGAUAGCGUGAAGAGAGUGUUGGUGGACGACAGGCCCCACGACUUCAACGACUGCAUCAGUUGGGCCCGCGUUUACUUCGAGGAGCAAUACCAAUACGACGACGCCUUCUUCGAGCGCUUGGACGGCGUGGCCAACGCUCUCGACAACGUGGACGCCCGGGUCUAUAUGGACAGGCGGUGUGUCUUCUAUAGGAAGCCAUUGCUAGAGUCGGGAACUCUAGGCAACGUUCAGGUAGUGCUCCCAUUCCUCACAGAGUCGUACUCCUCAUCGCACGAUCCGCCGGAGAAAUCCAUUCCCAUCUGUACUCUCAAGAACUUCCCCAAUGCUAUCGAACACACCCUUCAGUGGGCCAGAGAUGACUUCGAGGGUAUAUUUACCAUAAGCCCCGAAAACGCGAGACAAUACUUGACAGACCCGAAAUUCGUUGAACGGACGCUGAAAAUGCCGGGCAAUGAGUCGAUUGUGACUCUGGAUAGCGUGAAGAGAGUGUUAGUGGACGACAGGCCCCACGACUUCAACGACUGCAUCAGUUGGGCCCGCGUUUACUUCGAGGAGCAAUACGUGAACCAAAUAAAGCAGUUGUUGUUUAACUUCGCGCCCGAUUCCGUCACUAAUAGCGGCGUUCCCUUCUGGUCGGGACCCAAACGAUGUCCACAUCCACUCAAAUACGAUGCCAACAACGAGACACACCUCGACUACGUCUACGCGGCCGCUAAUCUCAAGGCUUAUGUCUAUAAUAUCCCUCAGAAUAGGGACCGAAACGCUGUUAAAGAUUUUGUGUCAAAGAUUACAGUCAAAGAGUUUACGCCGAAAAGCGGCGUCAAAAUAGCGAUCAAUGACGCGGACCUGAGCGCCGAUGGAGGCGGUGGUGUGAGUGAUCUCGACCGCGGAGUUCAGCUCCAGAAAGAGAUACCGGCGCCCAAUGCACUCGGCGUUGACUUCGAGAUAAAACCGGUCGACUUCGAGAAGGACGACGACUCCAACUUCCAUAUGGACUUCAUAGUCGCCGCAUCUAACCUGCGCGCAGACAACUACCACAUCGAACCGGCCGACAGACAUAAGAGUAAACUGAUUGCCGGCCGAAUCAUACCGGCCAUCGCCACCACCACUGCACUUGUCUCCGGUUUAGUGGGUCUCGAGUUAUAUAAGAUAGUGGCCGGACAUAAGAAAUUCGAGUCCUAUAAGAAUGGGUUCGUAAACCUGGCGCUGCCUUUCUUUGGCUUCUCAGAGCCGAUGCCGGCGCCUAAAAACAAGUAUUACGACCACGAGUGGACUAUUUGGGACCGCUUUGAGGUUCAGGGAGAGCUGACACUCAGAGAAUUCAUUAAAUACUUUGCGGACGAACACAAACUGGAGAUAACGAUGUUAUCGCAGAACGUGUCGAUGUUGUACUCAUUCUUCAUGGCUAAGGAGAAACGCGAAGAACGAAUGGAUCUCAAAAUGUCGGAAAUAGUGAGACGGGUGUCGAAGAAUAAGAUCGAGCCGUGGGUUAAGUCUUUAGUUUUUGAAUUGUGUUGUAAUGACGUGAAUGGCGAGGACGUGGAGGUGCCGUACGUGCGCUACACUCUACCCGAUUAGAUAAUCUCUGUCUUUAAAUUAAAAGCAAAUUAUUUUCAAAUUCUAUUUAUAUUUCGAUUGAAAUGUAACUAUAAAUCGAUAAAACUAUAAAAAUGCGAUCCUUUCUCUCCAUUUAUUAUUAAAACAAAUGAACAAUAAUUGAAAUAAUUUUUCUAAAAGUUUGACCGCUUUUUGAUAAUCACAUCCCUUUCCUCUCAAUUCGGUGUUUUAAUCGAAAAUUAUAUGAUAAAUGAUUUUAUAGUCAAUAAUCUGCAAAACAAAUACAACUGAUUAUCCGG